GUUCAAAGCAAACGAUUUACCAAGACUUUCGUGUCACAGUGUGUAGAAGUGUAUAAACGUUAGCAAAGUCUCUGUGUCUCGAUUUCGGUCAAACAAAAUGCCCCGUCGGGUACUGGAAACCUACGGAUUUGAACCAGCCAAGCAGCCAUGUCUUCGCAAGUCAAAAUUGGAACCCAAAGGUAAAUGCGGCGCUGCCAUCAAGAAACAGCCGAAGGAGCAACCUGUUGAGCAGAAGAACCCGCUGCACUUCCUCCACCAGAAUACAGAUGGGCAACUCGUCGUGCAUUGGACUCGUAUUAGUGGAAGUACUCAGUCUCCAAUCAAGUUGUUGCCUCCUUGGUAGUUGUGUGUAUCGCGCAUAAGUAUUCUGUUUACCAUGCUCUCUCGCAAUCAUGGUCGUAUUAACAAAAGUAUUGAUAAUAUUUGCAAGUCCAAAAUUAAAAACAAAAGCAUAGA